UCCGAACCAAACGGUGCGUUGUGACUGGAGGUUUUUCCUCUCUGAGUAAUCUGACACCCAAAAGGACUGGCAGCAGAAGGAUGGACCCGCAACUCCGCUGAGAAGGACAGAAGGAAGGGACGCUCAUCCAAAACGAGAAGGGCCGAGCAACAGCGAAACGUUGCGCCCAAAAAAACCCACAACAACAACACCACCACCACCACCACCAACAACAACAACAACCCCGUGGCUGCGGCAGUGGAGGAGAGCCGAGUGGCCGCGCGCGCGUCUCCAAACUGGGCGUCCGCCUCAAGUAGUCUCAAAGCGACAACUUUCACUUUCCACAUGCGGAUGGGCGACUUUCCGCGGCGCUUCGCGAGGAGGAGAUGAUGGUGAUGAUGAAGAAGAAUUCCAGCAGCGGUCCUCUCCACAGCAGCAACCAGCCCCCCAACCACGUCCGAGAGCGAAACAACCGAAAGUACAGCUUGCUUUCCGCCGUCGUGCCGCUGCGGGUUUCCUUGCGAGGGUACGGGUUCUGCAUGGCCGCGCUGUUUCUCUUCUCUUUCGGCUCCCUUUUUUACCAGCUGAACGGAGGACCGCCGAAAAUCCUGCUGGACAUCCGACAGUAUCUCGGUGAAUCCACGUAUCUGGACGAUCACGGACCUCCAGCACCAAGAGCGCUCCUUUUCCCCAGCCAAGUGGUUUAUAACCGCGUGGGGAAGUGCGGCAGCCGGACGGUGGUCAUCCUGCUGAGAUUACUGGCCGAAAAACAUCAGUUCAACCUGGUCUCCUCUGACAUCCACAAUAAAACACGCCUCACAAAACAUGAACAGGUGGAUCUCAUGAAGAACAUCAGUAACAUCCCUCAGCCAUUUCUCUAUACACGGCAUGUUCACUUCCUGAACUUCACCAGGUUCAGGAUAGAGCAGCCGGUCUACAUCAACAUAAUCCGGGACCCCAUCAACAGGUUCCUCUCCAACUACUUCUUCCGUCGCUUCGGUGACUGGAGGGGUGAGCAGAACCACCUCGUUCGCACUCCAGGGAUGAAAGAUGAUGAGAGAUACCUGGAUAUCAACGUGUGCAUUCUAGAAAAUUACCCAGAGUGCUCCAACCCCAGAGUUUUCUACAUUAUCCCGUACUUCUGUGGACAACAUCCCCAGUGCAGGGAGCCUGGAGUAUGGGCUCUGGAGAGGGCCAAGCAGAACGUGCAGGAGAACUACCUCCUCGUGGGUGUCCUGGAGGAGCUGGAGGACGUUCUGCUUCUGUUGGAGAGGCUCUUACCUCAUUACUUUACCGGAGUACUCAACAUCUACAAGAGCCCCGACUAUAAGAAGAUGGGGAAUAUGACCGGCACCGUGCGUAAACACACCCCCACUCUGGAGGCCCUGCAGGUGCUGUACCAGCGCAUGCGCUACGAGUACGACUUCUACAACUUCAUCCGAGACCAGUUCCACCUCAUGAAGAAAAAAAUUGGGCUGAGGUCCGUCUCGCGACCCCCCGCCCACUCGCUGGCUUUCCUUCGAGAGCUGGCCCUCCGAACCGCAGAGCCUCUGGAUGAAGACGAGGAGCUGGAGGCAGACCUGGAGGACGCUAACAGCUGGCUGGUCCAUCCCUGAGGGCUUGUUGGGGUGAACAGUGGAUGUAGCCAAAAUCAUUUUAAAAAGCUGACGGGCUCGAAUUGGCUGGAGGUGGCUGGAGGAAGCCUGACGGCGAAAUGGGAGAGUCCCCCCCCCAACUGUCAGCGUUCCUGAGAAAAGUGAGGGUUUGUGGAUCCGGAAGCUCGUGUUUUCUCGGGCUCUUUUAUCUUUAAUAGACUCCUACAGGCUCGGCACUGAGGACUACAGAGUUGGGUAAUUGGAACGACAAAAUGCUUUAUUUAAAAACGUGAACCAGGAUAGUGGGAAAUACUGUUUUGCUCAAUUUGCAUGACUCAAGUUUUGUUUUAAUUUGAGCUUGUUUUAAAAAUCAUUGUUGUAAUCUCCAGGAGAGAUCAGCACAAGAUGAGGAUCGUUCUACGUGUGGGGAAAUAUUCUAAAUAUUGAUCACUGGGGCUUUUACUGUAGGAGAGGAUUAAGCCCAAGAAAGAGGUUCAUUCUUGAUGAAAGGGAGGAUGUCGUAAAAGCUGGAAUGAGAAAAGGCAUCCGCAAAUAAAAGGUACCAAAAACCCAUUUUUGUAUAUUAACCGUCCCACUAACAGUUUGAGUAACUGAGAAUGAACCUCGGCGCACAGCUGGAGGAGUUGUGGCAAAAAGCAAGUCAGCAGAGUUGGUUUAAGACAUUUUUGUAAGAUAUUAUUAGGUAUAAAUGAGGGUUGAACAAUAAGCACUCAAUUAUGAAUUCAAAGAAUUCCGUCUGUGUGCAUGAAUGAUUGAGUUUGACCAAACCAGUAGUGUAUUUUAGCAUCGCUUCAUGUUUUGAGGCGGGUCAUUUUUUUUUUUUUAAACGUUAAAUUAAUUUAUGGAGCGUAGUUUGUUUUAUCCAAAGUCUAAAAGAUUGAGCUUGCCAAAUAUUAGUGUUUCUACUGCAAUACAUUCCAAGACUAUAUAAUGCAUUUUUCUGAGGUGACUUUUCAUGAAAUAACAGAGUAAAUUAAGGGAUUUUGGUCAGAAAACUGGACGGUAAUUUUCAUUUCAAACAUGAUUACGUUGCUGUUUAAGGGAAUGUUUUCCAUUCAAAAUAUUAUCAUGAAAGCGUGCGAAGUGUUACUAUUAUCCAGCUGAACCUUCCAACUACCCCGCAGCUAUGCACAGUAUAUGUUUUCAUUCAUGUAAACAUCAUCAAAGAGUAUUAACCAUAAGCUAAUAUGUGACCUAUGUGGUGCAAUCUACCAUCCUAAUCUCCAUUGUUUGUACCUUUUCACUGUCCUGGUUUGUCUUCAGUGGUUCUUUUUUGCCCGUUUAAUUUAUUAUUUUGUAUUCGUUUGCAUUCCAGAUAAGAUACUCAGGAAGGAAAAAAUAUGUUUAAUAACUUUAUUAUUUGUGUUUUGGUUUCUGAACUAUUCUUGGUAUUUUAAGGUUCAACAGCUGAAACUAAAGCAGUUCAUCAUUUUAAAGUCUUCAGAAUAAAUGUCCUCUUAUCAUUGCA